GCAAACACAGUGGAUUGGUUCUUCUUAGAUUGGGUGUGAGAACCUGAGUUGUGUAUAGGUUGGGAAGGUGAUUGAGCUUGAUUAUAUUAGGUGAAACUUACGUGGAACGGAGGCAAAUAAUUGAACAAAUAUAAACAUGUCCGCGACGGACUCUAAAUCUACUCAGGAUAUGACUGUUGUGGUGCAGUCCCUGUUGCAGCAGAUUCAAGACAAGUUCCAGACCAUGUCAGACCAGAUUAUUGGGAGAAUUGAUGAGAUGAGUACACGGAUCGAUGACUUGGAGAAGAACAUUGCUGAUGUCAUGACUCAGGCUGGUGUGGAAGACCUAGAAGGAGAAAACAAGAUCACAGAUGCUCAGGGUACAGCAUGAAGAAUUUACAAGUAACCCAAGUUACACAGUGAAGAAGAAAGUAUCCUUUCAGUGGGCAUUUGUUUUGUGGCUGUUUGUGGGAAUGUGAAUGUGAAGCAUGUUUUAUAACUUGACCUUAUUCUAAGUGACACAAGAACUAAGUAAUGCUCAUGCCACUAUUUAGUGUCACUGUCUUGCCAACCAGAUUUCAAUGCCGUAUAUUCUGUUAUUAAAGUGCUUUCAUAUAUAAAAGGCCCAGUUCACUGUUCCCUUUUUACAAGUUAACAUAGAGAAGUUUAAGAGUGACUUUGACCAGUGAAGUAAACAACAUGAAAAAAAACUUUUUACUUAGCAAAUAAGGGAUGAUUCGUACUUAUACUUUGUUAUGAGCUGAUUCAGCCAGUUUCUGUCCCCUAUGUAUCCCUUGAGGCACUGUCACCAGAAUUUGAGUGUCAGAAUUGGAUACUCAAGUUGAGUUAUUCCUCUUAUCAUUUCUGCAAUAUAGCCUAAUGGUUUAAAACAUAUUGAAACACUUGAGAAAAAUUAAUCUAUUUUCUGCUCUCGUCCUCUCAGUGUUGGUUGGGGAAGCCAAGAUUUGAAGAUAAGUUAUAUCAAAAUUUAUUGUAUUUUCAGAAGGAGUGUUAAUUUCUACACACUAUGAAACGAAUAGUCGAGGAGCAGGAUUAGAAUCAGGCGUGGUAGUUAGAUGCUGAUUUUCAGGCCUGGCCAAUAAUGUAUGAUUGUUGGUAUAAUGAACAUUGAAAUCUCAUUGGGCUUAAAAGGAAAAUUAUGGUUAUGUGAUGACCUGAUAACUAAAUAGAUUUGUUGAACCUUUAAUAGUGAUGGAUGAUUUGAUGUUUUUUUUUUUUAAAGUCUAAGGGUUAAAAAAGACAAACUGUAAACCUGUCAAAUAGGUGUUGGAUUGUGAAAUGUAAGCAACAAAAAUAUUGGUAUUUAUUGGUCUACUGAGCUAAUUAAUGAGAAAAGUUCCGUAUUUGGAAGUUUAAAGUGUUAUGAUGUUAUAAUGGACUCAUUUGUGGUAAAAUGGACCUCCCUUCAAAAACUGAAAAAGAUGUGUCUGAACAAAUGGAUGGUUAUGAAAUAUUAAUCAAAUUUUGCAUCAUAUGAUUUGGUACAACCAUGGAUUCAUGAAGCAGGUUUUAUUUGUUUUUUUAGAACAACCUUUGAGAAAACCAAGCAUGAUCGUGACAAAUUUUUGUUUCUACACUAGCUGGAAAAAACCCCACUUUUACUUAAAUGAAGCUGAAUGAAACUGAUCUCAGACCAGAUUAGGAAGUCAAAAUAGAGGACAAAGGUUCAAAUUAAAGUCAAAGGUUGUUGGGCUCCUAAAUGCCCCAUAUCUGUGCUUUGCAGAAAUGUCACUGUUAAAAGGGGAAAAAGACUUCCCUAGAGCUUUUCAGGCACUUGGGCAAUGAGGGAGCAUGGUCCCAUUUGUCAAGAAGCAAAAUAAUCAUAACUGUUUACAACGUACUGCAGGGACCCGAUUUCCACCUACGCAACUGGAACAUCCAGGACUUUCCAGAGGGCAUGGAAGUAUGCCAACAUUAAGCUUGAAGCAGUAGAUGGUCUUUUGCUGGUUGACAUGGUUAUUAAGACCAAACCCAUAGACACCGAGAAAUUCUUAUACAUAGACUCGUGUUGACUGGAUCCCAUGUAGAGGUGAAGAUUUAUACAGCAGGCAGCUUGCUCAUCUGUAGUUGAUAGUGUGUUGACCCAUUUUUUACAUGGUGUCAGUGUUGAAAAUGUGGCAGAUUUCUUUUUGGCCUCCCCCUGUCUGGCCUGUGCACUGUGAUGCAGUAAGCAGGGGUGGUAAACUCACCAGAGAUUAAUCCAGUGCCAGCCGCGGGGCUCUGUGAAAGGGAAGGGGAAGGAAGAAACGAUGGACAGUGUCUUGCUGGUGAGAUAAUAAUUGAGAAUAGCAGUGUGUCAGCAGAAGCUCAGCAGCAGAAAGACAGACGAGCCUAGCAAGGUCAAUUCUGUUCCGCAUCAAAAUUAGCCAAAGCUAUAAUAUGGAACAGGGAAGUGUUGCAUGGCUUUAGUCCCAAAGGGGCUCAUGCCUGGUCCACCAUGCUGAAUACCCAGCUCUAACAUGCUGAAUACCCAGCUCUAACAUGAUGAUGAUUCUCUUGUCACUCCAGAUUGCUGCCUAAACUAAAACGAAACGUAAACUAGAAAAGGCAGCAGUAUGAGGUCAUUUCAUUCAGGCUGUAGAUGUUGAAGCGUUUCAAAAGAAAACAUCAAAUAGGUGCAUCUGAACUUAAAUUUUAAGUGCCAUAAAUUCUUUUUGACAGAUCGUUUCAUUUCAUACUAAACUAGGAAGUGCAGAGUUUGCUAGGACUAUACUGACACCAAAAGCUUGUUUUUUCAUAUAAGUCCUAUUUUCUUUUUAAAUGAUAAACAAUGUAAAGAGCAAUUAAAAUGAAACGUGUAUUUCUUUUGUAGAACCGCAUUUGAUAUAAUCUGUUUUAUCUGCUGAGCAUUCUUUCUGACAGUGGCUUAGUAUUGACAUGUGAAACUAAAAGAAUGUUAAGUCUUCAUUUCACUGACAGUCAGGUCCAGCUGUCAUCUAGACUACUUAAUAUCUGCCAUGCAACAGGUUUCAUUGCUCAGGGCACAUCUCACAGGUGCACCAUUCCUUAACUACUUCAUAUCUUUAAGUUGGACCAUUUGGUGCUCUUAUGUUCAUAAGAGUGUUUGUUUCCACUUCUCCUCUUUAAAAUAUGCAAAACUCAUUGCUCUCAUGUAACAGUGUUGAAUUCUUGAUUAUGAAAUUAGAGGUAUUUUCCUGCUGAUAAAUUGUGUUUCUGUGUAAACAUGACUUGCCCACUAGGGAAUGUUCCUCUGUAUGUAGAAGUGUUAGUGAUGUCAAUUUGUUCUUUUCCUUGCUGAUUACAAUAAAUGGUAUUCAUUCA